GAGCUUUAAUGUGCAGCAUGCUGGUCCAGUCUGACAGAGCAGCAAACCAGUUACUCGAUGCAGGAGGAUUUCUCUGAAGCUUGUAGAGUGGUGACAGAAGUAUCACGAUGCCUGGAAAAGGUCACCAGCGCUCCACAGGAACCAAAGCGGUGUUCUACACACCCGUGGCUGGCGUGGAAGAAGUUCGGACCGGACAGCUUCUCAAAUCUCCUCCUCAAAACCGCUUCAAGAAUUUGGGAUCAUGGAAGCACCGCUUCUUUGUUCUUUUCAAAACCAAAGAGGACACGUAUUUACUGAAGUACUUCCGGAGUGAGGAUGAACGGGACAAGGUCAAGGGGGGCAUCGAUAUUGCCAAGAUCUCUUCAAUCCAACCAUGCCCUAACAAGCACCCCAAAUGGGAGUGGAUCGAAAGAACCUUCAGGUGCCCUGCAGACUGUGUGCUUUUCAUCGAGACACGGGACAGGGAGUACUUCCUGAUUGCUGAAAACAGGGCCAGAGUGCGCGGCUGGUACAUUGACAUCUGCAAUGCAAUGAUGAACCUUUCGUCUCCUCACACGAGUCCAGAGGACCCUCAUUUGCCUGGCCUGACCCAAAACCUGGACCGAGGUGUCUGCAGACCCAAGCCGAGUAUCGGGAAGCUCCGCUCCUUGUCAGAGCCAAUGCCUCAUUCAGAGCGGCAUGUCAUUACCCGUCCCAAAACCCUGCCAUCAAGAGACUGGGGAACUCAGACCAGGAGCGAAAAGCUAACACCCACCGCCCCACCAAGGCCAGAUGAUGAAGACACCACCCACUACAUCACGCCCAGGGCUGUGCUGGAAGCCAUCAGUCAGGAUAAUGGCGACGACGAGGAUGAUUCAGAGGAAGAGAACAGUUUCUACAUGAAGAUGGACAAACUGAGGGAAAUCUUGGAUGAAGACAUAUAUGAGAACAUUGACCUGGAGAAGGAGGGGGUCAAAAAGGACAGACAACAGAUGUCCCUCUCCAUGGCAACCAAGACAUUGGAUAUCCAAAAGAUGGAGAUGAACAGCAGGAACUGGUGUGAUGAGGUGAAGAGAAAUUCAGGAGAUUCCCUGGACUCCGGGUGUCUGUACAGUGGAGCCAGCAGCUCGUCCCUCACAGACGACACCUCAGAUUUGCAGACGGAUGGAGCAUCUGGAGCACUGAAGCUUCUGGAGGAUCCAGUCAGCAGUGAUGAAGCAGCACCAGUGGAGAAGGAGAUCAUCCUGGACCAGACUGAUGUGAGGGAGCACCUGAAGCUGGAGGAGAUAGACGGGAGACCCUGCAUCACCCAGUGGACUGCACCCUCUGAAUCAACGUGCAAGUUCCACCAAGGAGACCGAGUCCUGGCUGUGAAUGACCUAGAGACCAACACUGUGGCUGAUGUGGAGAUGUACCUGUGCAAGCUGCUGAAGAAAACGAUGAGACUGACCAUCCAGAGGUUACCAGGGUCCAAGUCUUUCCAUGCUGACUACUGCUGCUGUGACUGAGGCUCCUGUGGACGUCAGCCUGAAGGGGUCAUGCCCUGGUCUGGCCACAUGACUACGUUCACCUGCCAGCCCUUCUCUUCAGCCCAAAAGGACUCUGGAAUGGCCUCGUUCUCCAUGAUCUCCACUCUUACACAAGCACCUGUGUUCCAAAGACCACUGCCUCAUGGCUCUGACAGCAAUUUAGAAGAACAGCAGCCGUAACUGUUGUGUUUACGGUCACUACACCAAGAGCAGCGAACACAGGGUGAGGAAGACACCCAUGCUAUGGUCUAAUCUCGGGUUGUGCUUUGCCUGCAGUGAGGAACAUACACUUCAGGAAGUUAUGAAGACCUUCAGCACAUGUCAUCACUUACAGCUUUAGUGAAUGGAAAAGUACUGAUAAUUUGAAUUAUUUACUCAUCACAUAGUUCUUUAGACUUUUACUUAUAAAUCACAUCUGUUCAGAUUAAUCAUCUUUUAAAAUGAGAGAACAGCAGUGUCCUCGUAAAAUCAGAAACUUUCUGGACCUGAGAACUUGGCUCAACUAAGUAUUGCACCUCAGAGGCGGAGCCAUACACUAACUCCAUCCCUCUGGAAGCCUGAUUGGCUGAUUCUUAGUUCCAGUUGCAGGUAGUAUUUAUAUUUACAUUUAUUUAUUUAGCAGAUGCUUUUCUCCAAAGCACCUUUCAAUGGA